AUGGCCCAAGAAUCCAGCAGGAACACAAAAACAAUCAAGUAUGCUGUUGUUACUGGUUCAAACAAAGGGAUUGGAUUUGAAAUAUGCAGGCAAUUGGCUUCCAAUGGAAUUACAGUGGUAUUGACUGCCAGAGAUGAGAAGAGGGGUCUUGAAGCUGUUGAGAAACUCAAAGUGUGUGGUUUUUCAGAUAAUAUAGUUUUUCAUCAGCUUAAUAUUACAGAUCCAGCAGGUAUCAAUUCACUAGCUGAAUUCAUCAAAUCCCAGUUUGGAAGUCUCGAUAUUUUGGUGAAUAAUGCAGGGAUUUUUGGAGCCAUUAUCGAUGGGGAUGCUCUAAGAGCUUCGAAAGCCGCAGCCACUGAGCCCAGAGAGGCACAAAUUAACUGGAAUGACGUAAUGACUCAGACAUAUGACAUAGCGGUAGAAUGUUUGGAAACAAACUACUAUGGUACAAAGAGAAUUACCGAGGCAAUGCUUCCCCUACUCCGGCUAUCUAAUUCACCAAAAAUUGUAAAUGUUUCCUCUUCAAUGGGAAAGUUAAAGAAUAUACCCAGUGAGUGGGCUAAAAGUGUACUGAAUGAUGGUGAAAACCUUACAGAAGAGAGUAUUGAUCAGGUGCUGAAUGAGUUUUUGAAAGACUUCAAGGAAGGUUCCCUUGAAGCCAAAGGCUGGCCUCUUUCUUCAUCCGGAUACGUACUAGCUAAAGCAGCCUUGAAUGCAUACACAAGGAUUCUGGGAAAGAAGUACCCACAUUUUCAGAUCAAUUGCGUGGACCCUGGCUAUAUCAAAACAGAUAUGACUCACAAUAUUGGCAUAUUGACAGUUGAAGAAGGUGCAGAAGGUCCGGUAAUGGUGGCGCUGCUGCCUGAAGAUGGGCCUUCUGGCUUGUUCUUUGAGAGGAAGGAAGUGACAUCUUUCUAG